CCUGUAUCUUGAAACUUUUUUGAAUCAAAGAACAAAUAAACCCACUAUGGACCGCUAAGAUCCACUAACACGCACUAACAAGAGAUGGCCUCCGAUCUAUAACCAAUCAUAAUAGAGGAAGAAAACGUGGUAGGGAUCCCCCAACUUCAAAUAUCUUUUUCGAGCUACGCAACUACAAACAUUCAUUUUCCUCUUCAGCUUCCAAAAAGAUUCCUUCGACGUCUUUGUUUUAAGACUCUUUUUUCUCUCUCCUUCAUCUCCUCCUUUCCAUUGCACUUCUCUCAAAUUAUUUUUGACUAUUUUGCUUCUUGGAUAUAUUGACUUAUAUAUAUACCAUAUAUUUCAAAUGUACUUGUUAAGCAAUUGAACAUGCUAUUUUCUGUCCUAAUAAAUUAGGUCGGGCGAAUUCAAUCGACUCGCUCCAGUCCGUCAUUCCACCAACCUUGAACCCAACUCGAGUCAAUCUAGGUUCGAAUUAAACUACUUACCCUACCCACAUUCUUCCUCCGCCUGGUUUAGAUUGGUCAGACUUGAUUCACAGUUACGCCCUUAGUAAACGACUAAGUCGUUCAAAGUGUCUUGUGAGAAAGACCAGCAAUGGCUGACGACGGUAGACCACCAGCAGCCGCAUGGUUCUCUUCUGACUUGGAUGACCCUGCUGAUCAGGGUCCUUGGGGUUGGCGUUUAGAUGUCGUCACUCUACUUGCUGUUAUAGGCGAAUCGUCUAUAGCAGAACAUUCACAGACCAUCACAGCCAGUAUCUUCUGCCUCCUCCCGCGCAUCAUCCCCGCCCCUCAGGCUUUCUUGAAACCCUCUCGACCUGUUCGCCUUCCCGAAACUACAGCCAAGAUGACCGGUGUCUAUAGUGGUGUCACCCUCGAUACUGUAGGCUUCUUUGCGAACAUCAUUCACCCUCUCGACGAGUUACAGCCUUUUGCCUUUAAGGUCCUCGAAAUCAAACAUACUGAUCGAAACAACGCCGGUGGUGUUGAGGUCCCGCGUACGCUCACGGAAAGAACUAGAUGGUGGUUUAAUCGACGACGACAUGGGAGCAACUCUUCUACCCCAACCCAGGGACUUGCUACCCGGCGCACUCUUCCGCGUUAUAAUGAAUCUCCAUCGGAUACGCCAGAAAAAAGGAGAUCAGAUACUCCGACAGCUACACUAUUUAAUUCAGGCACCGAUGUUGAGGCUGGAGCACCAAAACAAGGGAUCGUGAGACAACCUACAAUGAAGGAGAAGCUUCAAGAUUUUGCGGCUAAUCCAACACUGGUCAACACUAGCGCGAGGCCUGCAGUCCCGGCAACCUUAUACUCGCCUCUUCAUAUCCUCUCUAUAUUCUCUUGCUUGAUCACAUUAGGCAUAAUUGGACUGGCAGCCCGUUACCAAGAUGGCACGGCCAUAAUCGCUGUGUCGCUCGUCUCCUUCGCUAGCUCCAUUGUUGGCUGGGCCUCGUGGUGGAGACCUAUCCUCAUGAACCGAAGUCACACUAACAAGGUCCCUGAAGGUGAUGUGAUAAUUCGCACACGUGAAGGCGCCUUUCUUCUCAUAAAAUGUACGGAGGAGGUCGCGCGUGAGCUUUAUUCGGGCACCGAAGAGUGUCAGUAUCACGUUAGUGGACAGGCAUACAGAGUACUUAUGGGUCUCGGGACCUGCUUAUUGAUGAUCUCUGUGAUCUUGCUGGGCAACUGCAAGUGGUACACACAGAUUUUCAUUGGCUGCAGUUAUAUCGUGUUGAAUGGUGUUUACUGGGCAAUGGGGUUGCUUGAUAAGCGAUACUUCUGGGACUUGAGCCGCUAUGAUAUUAAGGAGAUCACUCCACCAGAGUCCAAGGACGCCCACACAACAACAUUCGCCGAUCCCCGCGAGGGCGUAAAAAGCUACACGCGCACACUAUGGUUCGCCGUUCGUGAAACUCAGCGCACGGCUUGGGUCCACCGCAGCGGCGCUGCCCCCGACACCCCGCAGUGGCGCAAAUGGCUUGCUGAAGCCGAACAGGCUGCCAAGAAUGGAACUAAGAAUUGGCCUGCAGUCGGCCGCAAGGAUGACAUCAUGAAGAUGAUGGACGGCGAACUUACCGGCAGCCCUAUCGUCAAAGAACCACCUCAGUCGCGGGAUUACGAUGCUGCUGAGCAGGCGGCGCCGUAUACCGAGGUGCAGCCCCGCGACCGACGUGGUAACGAUGGCACAUUGUAGGCGGGUUCGCCUAUAUUUAUACUACUAUUAGCCGCGUCUGUUUUGAAAAUCAGUUGUGUUGGAUACCCAUAUAUGAAUGAGCGAGUUGAUUUGGAAGACCUAUGGCCUUGGUAUGAUCUAUACGAUACGAAUUUUGUGUUUCUGCAUUUGUUGGGUUUUAUCUACAUUGCAUAUUGAUAUAUUUCUAUACUGUCCCAUUCCGCAUGGUUAGGGGAGCAUAACGACAUACGUUUGAAGGCAUGGCAUGGCAUGUUUUGCAUGAGAUAAACCUUCGAGGUUUUUAUAUAGGUAGAUUGUGGGGAAACGGGAAGGGAAUUGUAUAUAUAUAGCACUUUUACAAGCGAGGUGUUUUGGGUGUCAAGGUCAGCGUUGGUUUUCUUGGGAUGAUGAUGGGGUU